CUUACUCUUUGCCCGCCGUCUCGCUCGCCCGCGUCUCGCUCACCUGUCAUCUCGCCUGCGCGCAGUCUCAUCUGUUGUCUCGCCUGCAUGAUCUUGCCUGUGUCCUCUUGCCCACGCCCUCUCGCCUACAUCCUCACAUAACUGCUAUUGCACAUUCCAGGUGCAGAUCUACCAGAAAUGCCUGUUCCUUGUCGGGCACCCGUCGGACGGUUCCGCACCGAAGGAAAAGACGCUGAAGGGUCACUUCAAAGCGCCCUCAUUCCCUUCUAGUGUUCUGCGAUCAUGAGUGAAUCUCCGCGGUGCGACUUCCUCGACUUAGCUGAUCCGUCGACAGUCCCGCCUCCCAUCGAGGGCGACCUGCCGUUGCAGAGCAGCAGUGCGGGAGCAGACACUAAAGGCGCGAGGGUUGUCUUAUCGGUGAAGCGGACAAAGGAACUCGAGCGGGAAGCCAAGGAGAAAGAGUAUGCUGAUGGUCAGCAUCCAAACAUGAUCGACGGUGUCUAGCAUUGCUCGAACUGCGGCUGUCCUGAGGAUAUCGCCGUGGGACUCAGAAAAUGCCUGCUUGGAGACAAGUCGCAGUGCGGUACAUGUGAUCGAACGUGACAUCGGAAUCUCGUUCUAGAAGCCGACUAAGCACGUAUA